AGAACAACCCUCUCUCUCCAGCAGAGUGUCACCUCCUGCUUUAGGAUCAUCAGGCUCCGCUAACUGGAUUGCACUCUCUCUGCUGGAUCACAUUGCAAGGCUUUCACGCUUCCCUACCUUGCCUGGGGGAAAUUCUUCCACAGACUCUCAGAAAAUCAAAUUCCAUCCUAACAACAUUUCACCAAGAAUUUCUUUAGGAUCUGUGCUGGGUUAUGACCUCUGGAUUGAAGAAAUUCUUCAAGACAUUGUCAAAUAUGAUCCAAGAGAAAAUGUGAUUUGAGUCUAGAGACAAUUGUGCAUUUUGAGUUAUAUAUCAUAUUUCAAUUUGGCUUUAAUGAUGGAGAAAAAAUAUAUCAUGUAUUUUCUGUUUCUCUCACCUAUUUUUAUGAUUCCUGUCAUAGCAGAAUCAGAAGAGACUGAUAUGAACCAAGAGACCUUAAUUCAGUUGGGUGUUACUAAAAAUAAAAUCAUGACAGCUCAAUAUGAAUGUUACCAAAAAAUUAUGCAAGAUCCUAUUCAACAAACAGAAGGCCUUUAUUGCAACAGAACCUGGGAUGGAUGGCUGUGCUGGAAUGAUGUUGCUGCUGGAACGGAAUCAAUGCAGCACUGUCCUGAUUACUUUCAGGACUUUGAUCCUUCAGAAAAAGUUACAAAGAUUUGUGACCCAGAUGGAAACUGGUUUAGACACCCAGCAAGCAACAGAACUUGGACAGAUUACACCCAGUGUAAUCUUAACACUCAUGAGAAAGUGAAGACUGCAAUGAAUUUGUUUUACCUGACAAUAAUUGGACAUGGAUUAUCUAUUGCAUCACUACUUAUCUCACUUGGCAUAUUCUUUUACUUCAAGAGCCUAAGUUGCCAAAGGAUUACCUUGCAUAAAAAUCUGUUCUUCUCUUUUGUUUGUAAUUCUGUUGUCACAAUCAUCCACCUUACUGCAGUAGCCAACAACCAGGCCUUAGUGGCUACAAAUCCUGUUAGUUGCAAAGUGUUCCAGUUCAUUCAUCUUUACCUCAUCGGUUGUAAUUACUUUUGGAUGCUCUGUGAAGGCAUUCACCUCCACACACUCAUCGUGGUGGCGGUAUUCACAGAGAAGCAGCACCUGAUGUGGUAUUAUUUUCUUGGCUGGGGAUUUCCACUGGUUCCUGCUUGUAUACAUGCUGUUGCCAGAAGUUUAUAUUACAAUGACAAUUGCUGGAUCAGUUCUGAUACCCAUCUCCUUUAUAUUAUCCACGGUCCAAUUUGUGCUGCUUUACUGGUUAAUCUCUUUUUCCUGUUAAAUAUUGUACGUGUACUCAUCACCAAGUUAAAAGUUACUCACCAAGCAGAAUCCCAUCUCUAUAUGAAAGCUGUGAGAGCUACGCUUAUCCUGGUGCCACUGCUUGGCAUUGAAUUUGUGUUGCUACCAUGGCGACCAGAGGGAAGGACUGCUGAAGAGGUAUACGACUACAUCAUGCACAUCCUUAUGCACUAUCAGGGUCUUUUGGUCUCUACAAUUUUCUGCUUCUUUAAUGGAGAGGUUCAAGCAAUUCUGAGAAGAAACUGGAAUCAAUACAAAAUUCAAUUUGGGAACAGUUUUUCCCACUCAGAUGCUCUCCGUAGUGCAUCUUACACAGUGUCAACGAUCAGUGAUGGUCAAGGUUACAGUCAUGACUGUCCUAGCGAACAAUUAAAUGGAAAAAGCAUACAAGAUAUUGAAAAUGUUGUUUUAAAACCAGAAAAGUUAUAUGCUUGAUAAGAGAGGGAUCAGUGCUUAACAGUUUUGUACCACUCCUAGCUCAAGGACUUGGUUUGAUGACUUUAUAGCCAGAAGUCUUCAGUAUUAAAUGAAUUUCUUGAAUGAUACAAAGAAAACUCCACAUGAGUUCAGUCUUGUGCUGGUAAAUGUUUAGCAACCAACUUCAUGGGAGUAAAAACAAAACAAAACCCCAAUUUGUAGCAUUUGCCAAUUUCCAUGCUAUAAAUACCUUCACCAUGGCAAAUUUCAAGCUACCAACUUGACAUCA